AAAAAAAUAUAUCUAAUCUAAAUAAAAAAGUAAUUCUUGACCUUGACAGUAAUAUAUGUUAAUCCUAGAUGUCAAAAUAGUAAAAAAAAAAAUACUAGGUAUAAAUUGUAUGCUCGCCCAUGAAAUAUGAGCAAUAGGUGCCGAUGAUAUAGAAGAACCAAAUCGUAAAUAAAGUUCAGGUUCGAAUCCCAUAGAAAAUAUAGGCGGUAUUGUCUAUAAUUAUAGACAAAUUCAAGACUUUCGAAAGAUUUCAUCCAACUAAAAAGAAAAGAUUUCAUACAAAUUAAUAAUUUAAUUCUAUUAAUUUUUUGAAUCAUUUGGUUGAAGUUGAAAAAUUCAACCAUUGCAAUGGAGGCAGUACGUUAAACAAUUGAAUUGUUUGGAUGGUACAAACUAGAGUACUAACUCCGAUUUAUUAUUUUAUUAUUUCUAUUUAAUUAACUGAUCAACUUACUUUGCUUUGUUAUCAAGCAUUUUUUUGAAUUUGAUUUCAAAAAUCUUCUAAUCUAACUAAAACUAAAAAAAGGAUAUAUUAAAAUAUGAGAAUAAAUCCUACCACUUCUGGUCCUGAGAUUUCUGUGCUUGAAAAAAAAAACCUGGGACGUAUCGACCAAAUAAUAGGUCCGGUAUUGGAUGUAGCUUUCCCUCCAGGGAAGAUGCCAAAUAUUUACAACGCUCUGGUAGUAAAGGGUCGAGACAUUGUUGGUCAACAAAUUAACGUGACUUGUGAAGUACAGCAAUUAUUAGGAAAUAAUCGAGUUAGAGCUGUAGCUAUGAGCGCUACAGAUGGUCUAAUGAGAGGAAUGGAAGUGAUUGAUACGGGAGCUCCCCUAAGUGUUCCAGUGGGCGGAGCAACUCUAGGACGAAUUUUUAACGUACUUGGCGAACCUAUUGAUAAUUUGGGUCCUGUAGAUACUCGCACAACAUCUCCUAUUCAUCGAUCCGCGCCUGCCUUUAUACAAUUAGACACAAAAUUAUCCAUUUUUGAAACCGGAAUUAAAGUAGUAGAUCUUUUAGCUCCUUAUCGCCGUGGAGGAAAGAUUGGACUCUUUGGCGGAGCUGGAGUGGGUAAAACAGUACUUAUUAUGGAAUUGAUCAAUAACAUUGCCAAAGCUCAUGGCGGUGUAUCCGUAUUUGGCGGAGUGGGGGAGCGUACUCGUGAGGGAAAUGAUCUUUACAUGGAAAUGAAAGAAUCCGGAGUAAUUAAUGAAAAAACUAUUGGAGAAUCAAAAGUUGCUCUAGUGUACGGUCAAAUGAAUGAACCGCCUGGAGCCCGUAUGAGAGUUGGUUUAACUGCCCUAACUAUGGCGGAAUAUUUCAGAGAUGUUAAUGAACAAGACGUGCUUCUAUUUAUCGACAAUAUCUUCCGAUUCGUCCAAGCGGGAUCCGAAGUGUCAGCCUUAUUGGGUCGAAUGCCUUCCGCUGUAGGUUAUCAACCGACCCUUAGUACCGAAAUGGGUUCUUUACAAGAAAGAAUUACUUCUACCAAAGAAGGGUCUAUAACUUCUAUUCAAGCAGUUUAUGUACCCGCAGACGAUUUGACCGACCCUGCCCCUGCUACGACAUUUGCACAUUUGGAUGCUACGACCGUACUAUCAAGAGGAUUGGCUGCCAAAGGUAUCUAUCCAGCUGUAGAUCCUUUAGAUUCAACGUCAACUAUGCUCCAACCUCGGAUUGUUGGUGAAGAACAUUAUGAAACUGCGCAAAGAGUUAAACAAACUUUACAGCGUUACAAAGAACUUCAGGACAUUAUAGCUAUCCUUGGGUUGGACGAAUUAUCCGAAGAGGAUCGCUUAACUGUAGCAAGAGCACGGAAAAUUGAGCGUUUCUUAUCACAGCCUUUUUUCGUAGCAGAAGUAUUUACCGGUUCGCCAGGAAAAUAUGUAGGUCUAGCAGAAACAAUUAGAGGGUUUAAAUUGAUUCUUUCUGGAGAAUUAGACGGUCUUCCCGAGCAAGCCUUUUAUUUGGUGGGUAAUAUCGAUGAAGCAACUGCGAAGGCUACGAACUUAGAAAUGGAAGAAGUGAAGGAAAUUAUUUUGUCCACUAAUAGUGGACAAAUUGGAGUAUUACCAAAUCAUGCACCUAUUGCUACAGCUGUAGAUAUAGGUAUCUUGAGAAUACGCCUUAAUGACCAAUGGGUAACAAUGGCUCUGAUGGGUGGUUUUGCUAGAAUAGGCAAUAAUAAGAUCACCAUUUUAGUAAAUGAUGCCGAGAAGAGUAGUGACAUUGAUCCAGAAGAAGCUAAACAAACUCUUGAAAUAGCAGAAGCUAACUUGAGUAAAGCUGAAGGCAAGAGACAACUAAUCGAGGCAAAUCUAUCUCUCCGACGAGCUAGGACACGAGUAGAGGCUAUCAAUAUGCUUUCGCAAUAAGAAAAUUGGUGUAUACGAAUAAUUCUAAAAAGUGAAAUAAAAAAAUGAAAUAGAAGAAAAUAUACAAAAAAAGGUAUAGGUCGAACUUAUUAGCUACCAUAGUCAAUGGUAGCUAAUAAGUUCGACCUAUACCUACUUACCUACUAUUGGAUUUGAACCAAUGACUACCGCCGUAUGAAAGCAAUACUCUAACCACUGAGUUAAGUAGGUCAUUUUUUACAAAAAAAUGGAAAGAAAAGGGAAGGGGGGUACCCGUCUAUCAGAUCAAUGGAUUAUAAAAGGAAUAUUAAAUAUACGCAAUACCAAGGCAAUAUCAAUAAAAAAGAAUUUGAUCACGGAAUAUUCAUCUUGACAAGAAUUUUUGGAUAUAAUAUGAUCAAAUAUGUAUCAAGAACGCAAGGGCUAUAGCUCAGUUAGGUAGAGCACCUCGUUUACACGCGCGCCAAUGUUUUUUUUUUUCAAAGGAGUCCAUCAUGUAAUUAAAAGAGUUGAUCUUUUUGAGAAAUCGAUGUCUUACUCCACUUUAGGGAACAAAACAAGAGAACAAUAGUCUGACAAAGGGUUGAGACGUCCAGUAGAAUCCAUCAUUGAUUUGAGAUAUUGAUAAGGUGAAUACCCAGUCUAUUCAAUGC